AUGAAUAAAAGGCAUAACACAAAUGAGAAAAUAAUUUUUCCUCUUUUCAAUGGAACUGCUAAGAAGCCAGUGAAGAGUUCAAUAAAUAUAAAAAGUUUAUAUGAAUUACAAAAUGAAUUAAAUUGUAAGAUAUAUACAAAUAUAUAUACAUAUAAUACCUUAUGUGAUGGUAUAUUUCUCUGUAGAGGUGUUAAUAAUAUAAGUGGAAAAAAAAAUUGUGGAAAAAGUAGUAUGUGUUAUCAUAUAUGCGUAAAUUUAUUUUUUAACGAUUUAUUACAUUAUUUUCAUCUUUUCUAUUCUAGCUUUUUUUCAUUUGAUAAUUUUUUACAAAAAAAAAAUAUUCAUAAUGUAGUGGAUUAUAUGAAUACUACUAUUUUGGGGGAUGAUAUCAUAAAGGAAUUUAUAGAACAACAUGAUAAUUUUAAGAAAUUAUUAAAUAUAAUGAAAUAUUUUGUUUUAUCAUUUAAACAACAUUAUGCAAAGAAUAAUAAGGGGGAAAAUAAACAUAAUAUAAAUAACACACAUAUUUUUAAUAACACACAUAUUUUUAAUAACACACAUAUUUUUAAUGACACACAUUAUAUAUAUCCAGAUGAUACUUUUUAUAAUUAUCAUGAUACCUACCAAUCUUUUUACACACAAAUUAAACAUUUUUAUAAAAGAAAAGUUAUUUACAUCGAUCUAGAUAACAGCUUUUUUAUAGAUCGUUAUAAAAAUAUGAUUUAUUCAUCACUAGAAAAAAUCAAAAAAUUAAUGCACAGGUAUAUACAAUUUUGUUCCGAAAAAAAGGUUAUACCCUUUUUAUUACUUUUAGAGAAGACAAAUAAAUAUAUAAAAGAAUAUAUUUCUUUUAAUAUAUAUAAAAAUUAUUCAAAUGAGUUUUCUUUUUUUAUUGAUAUAUUUAAUCAUUAUUUAUAUAAAUAUAUAUAUAAUAUAUCUUUUUCUCAUGUAUUUAAUAAUUUACAAUUAUUGAAAAUAUUUAAUUUUUUUGAACUUAUUAAUGUCAUCAAUUAUAUUUAUGAACAUAUACAAACAUAUUAUUCUUCUUCCUCAGAAUAUUAUCAUUUUAAUAAAUAUAUACCACACGAUCUAGGAAUUGUUGUUAUAGAUAAUCUUAAUUAUAUAUUUAAAGCCAGUUCCAUAAAUAAUAAUAAUAAUAAUAUAAAUAUUUAUUAUGAAUUAGAAAUGCUGCUAAACAAAUUAUCCAUCUUAUCCUUAGAAAAACAUAUAUGUAUAUUAAUUACAAAUAAUGACAAUAAUAAUUUCACAAGACAUGAAUCAUUCAAUAAAAAAAAUGACAACUCAUUUUAUAAAAUCAUAUCUCCAUAUAUAUAUAACAAUAUACAUCUCAAGAUAAUAAAUCAAAAAAUAUUUUUUGAGCAUAGUUAUCCAAAAAAAAAAAAUACAAAUCAAUCAAAAAAACAAACGAACAACAGAAGUGAUGAGACAUAUCAACAUGGAAAAAUAAAUAAUAAUAAUAAUAAUAAUAAUAAUAAUAAUAUACAGAGCAAUACUAAUCUAUUUGAACAAACAAAACAAAAUAUUUAUCAAAAUGAAGAAGGUCACUUAUUUCAUGUCUAUUCUAGCGACGAUGAUCAAAGUAUGGAUGAAAUGGAUCUACAAGAAAAAGAUGACGACCACUCUUUUUAUGAAAAAAAAUAUAAUUUAAGAUAUAUUAAAGUAAAGGGGAAAAACAAAUCAACCUUCUGUUUUUUUGAAAUAAAUAAAUAUGGAAUAGAAACAAUAUUAAUGUAA